CCUAGCCCCGUCCCGUACCUACACUACGUAAGACUGAACGUGACUUUCCUAUUUGCUGAUAUUUUCUCUGUCCUCAUCAUGCCCCGUUGCCAAACAAAAAAGCCACGUUGACGAACUGGACUGAAGUCUACUGCUGCUGUUUUUCCCAGAAAAAUAGAUCUAAACGAGCGUUUUUCACUCUUCCGAAAUAUAUAAAUUAGAUUACAGAUGUCUUCGCCUCCGAAGGAAAGAAUCGAGACCAAAGGAGGACAUCUCCCGGCUGUGAAGGCAGGGGGGAUGAGGAUCGUGCAGAAGCACCAGGGAGCAGCUCCACCUGAGCCGCCUCCUGUCAAGGACAAGGACGACGAGGAGUUUGUGGAGGAGCCUAGCCCACCAAAGCCCACUGUGGUCGUGUCAGGAGUGGUUACAAAGGGUGAUAAGGACUUCACCCCGGCGGCAGCCCAGGUAGCUCACCAGAAGCCCCAGCCGUCUGUCACCAAGAUGCCCCAGAACCAGCACCUCACCCAGCAAAUCCAUCAGCCCCGCAAGUGAGGCUACCACCAAGCUUACCUUCCCUCCGCUAACUCUGCUACAGUUGGCCCCACAAGGCGCCAGCAAUCUUCCCAGACACAGCUCUACGGUCAGUUUUGUGUUUACCCCCCUCCAAUGGUUAAGUAAGGAUUUGAGGAGGCGAAACUGAUCCUAAAUCUGUGACUAAGGGCAAGCCAAUGCAACGCAUCAUCAAUGAACCACAUCAGCCAACCUAUCACAGUUGCCUACCGACCAACACAACAACCACAAACCAAUCAAAGAACUGGACAACCAAUCAAUUAAGCAUGCAACCAAUUACCUUAAGUGCUCAGGUUACCAGGGAAUCCCCUGUUAAGCAUUCCAUGUGAUCCCACUCUCCUCAUACUUGGGUUAUUAUACUGAACAGAAAUAUAAACGCAACAAUUUAAAAAAUGUACUGAGUUCAUAACUCAGCAAAAAAA